AUGGACGAUACGUAUUUAGCGGUGACCGAGGGCUACGUGGACGAGUGUAAAAUCAUCCAAAAGCAGUACCAAUCUUUCCUACCGUAUUCAACGACUGCCAUGUCUAGCAAUGAUGAGGUUAGAAUAUCUAUUCAAAAUAUGGAUGCAUAUACGUUGCCGUGCGAGAGUUAUAUUUUCAUCGAAGGGAAAAUCAAUAAACCUAGUGACGUCACGAUAGACUACUGUUUUACAAAUAACGGAUUAGCGUUUUUGUUUUCCGAGAUGAGAUACGAACUGAACGGCGUGGAAAUACAAAAAUUGAAAUAUCCAGGAAUAACAACGUGUCUGAAAGGAUACUGCUCGUAUUCACCGAACGAUAUGCAGGAACUUCAGAACGCCGCUUGGGACAUGGAAAUGAGCAAAGAGAACAACCGAGAUUUUUCGCCCGAAGGCAAGUUUUCCGGAUGUUUGCCGCUAAAACAUUUAUUCGGUUUUUGCGAGGAUUACAAAAAAAUAAUGCUCAACUGCAAUCAACAAUUGAUUUUAAAUCGAUCGUCCAACGAUUUAGACGCGUUAUACGUGAAAGAAGUAUCCGGUAACACGGUGGGCGAUAGUUAUAGAAAAGUUACGAUUGAAGUGAACAAAAUCAUGUGGAAAAUUCCCGUAGUUAAAGUGGCUGAUAGGGAGAGAUUAAAACUGCUGAAAGUGUUGGAUUCGCGAAAAACAUUAUCGUGCGCAUUCAGAACGUGGGAUUUGUGCGAAUAUCCCGUACUACCGCAAAAUACAACGCAUUCGUGGACAGUCAAAUCCAGCAAUUUACUCGAGAAACCUAGAUUUGCCAUAAUCGGUUUUCAAACGGAUCGGAAAAACAACUUGAACAACCCGUCCGCCCUGUUCGAUCAUUGCAGUCUGAGAAACAUUAAAGUCCACCUGAACUCUGAAGUGUAUCCGUACGAGGAUUUUCGUGCAGACUUUGCGAAAAAAUCAAUGUCUUUAUUGUACAAAGCGUAUACCGAUUUUCAAAAAUCGUAUUACGAUAGAAGCACACCUUCACCGCUGCUGUCGAGAAAAAAAUUCCAAGACUUCACGCCCAUCACUGUUGUAGAUUUAUCGCACCAGAAUGAUAAUGUGAAAUCGGCUACGGUGGACUUACGUGUAGAGUUCGAGACAACCAUGGAUGUACCGGCCAAAACUUCGGCAUACUGCCUGAUUUUACACGAUCAAGUUAUAACGUACAAUCCGUUUAGCGGAGAAGUUCGAAAAUUGUAA